AUGAAGAGAGAGAACCACACAGCGGUGAGUGAAUUUGUUCUCCAGGGGUUUUCCAACUUCCAGGAACACAAAAUCAUCCUCUUUGUGAUAUUUCUUACCUUGUACCUUUUGACUCUGGCUGGCAAUGUCAUCAUCAUGACAGUCAUCAGCUUUGCUCAUCACCUGCACACCCCCAUGUACUUUUUCCUUAGUGUUCUUUCCACUUCUGAGACCAUCUACACAUUGGUCAUUGUACCACGGAUGCUUUGCAGCCUCACAGGCCUAAGCCAACCCAUCUCCUUGGCUGGCUGUGCCACUCAGAUGUUCUUCUUCAUCACCUUGGCCAUCAACAACUGCUUCCUGCUCACAGCGAUGGGGUAUGACCGUUAUGUGGCCAUCUGCAAGCCUUUGAGGUACACAGUCAUCAUGAACAAGAAGGUGUGUGCCCUGCUCGUAUCAGGAGCUUGCAGCAUUGGGCUGUUGGUGGCCAUCAUUCAGAUUUCCUCUGUGUUCAGGCUGCCCUUUUGUGGCAGAGAGGUGGCCCAUUAUUUCUGUGACAUCCUCCCAGUUAUGAAACUCUCCUGUGCUGAUACCACUCUACACGACAUAAUUAAUUUUAUCAUCAGCUCACUUGUUAUUGUGGUUCCCAUGGGCCUGGUCUUCAUCUCCUAUGUCCUCAUUAUCUCCACCAUCCUCAAGAUCACCUCUGCCCAGGGCCGGAAGAAGGCCUUCGCCACCUGUGCCUCCCACCUCACAGUGGUCAUCGUCCACUAUGGCUGUGCCUCCAUCGCCUACCUCAAGCCCAAGUCCGGGAACACCAGGGAUCAGGACCAACUGAUCUCUGUGACCUACACCGUCAUCACCCCCCUGCUGAACCCAGUGGUCUAUACCCUGAGGAACAAGGAGGUCAAGGAUGCUCUUCACCAUGCUAUUUGCAAAACUCCUCUUGCUUAG